UGAAAACAAACAAACCUUGUGAGGCAAUGUUUAUGGAUAACAUCGAAUAUAUAAACGGUAAACCGAAGUCAUCAGCAAACACACUUUCUACACCUAAACUAGAAGAACUUCCUUUGGCCAUGGAAAAGACGUUCCAAACAGUUGCUCAACACACUUGUAGCUGGUCCAAAGGCAUGUUGACGUUGUACAAUUAUCAAGGCUUUUGGAACAUUGAAGAUUUCCAUGAUGGAGCCCUUUUGGCUCAACAAAGCUUCAAGGCUCAACCAAGUGAUGUAUACAUCUGCAGUCACCCCAAAACUGGCACAACUUGGCUAAAAGCCUUGGCUUUUGCGGUAGUAACCCAAGAAAAGUUUAACGAAUCCACAAGUCCUUUGCUCACAACCGUGCCCCAUGAAUGUGUCCCUUACCUUGAGAAAGACCUUGAACAAAUUGAAGAAAACCAUAAGAACUCAUCAUUUCCUCUAGUGUCCACACACCUUCCUUACGCUUAUUUGCCGAAAUCAAUCAUUGCUUCAAACUGCAAGAUUGUUUAUAUACACCGGAACAUAAAAGAUGUCAUAGUUUCUUACUACUGUUGUCUUUGCAAAUUGCUAAACAUACCUGUGGAAGAUGCACCGUUUGAGAUGGCGUUUGACGAGUUCUGUCAAGGCAUUUCAUGGUGUGGACCGUAUUGGGAUCAUAUCUUAGGAUACUGGAAAGCAAGCCAAGAAAGACCUGACAGAAUUCUUUUCUUGAAGUACGAAGAUAUGAAAAGAGACACUACAACCAAUGUGAAGAGGCUUGCGGAGUUCAUUGGGCAUCCUUUUUCGAUUGAAGAAGAGCAAGCAGGUGUGAUUCAAAACAUUGUAAAGUUGUGUAGUUUUGAGAAUCUGAGCAACUUAGAGGUGAACAAAAGUGGAAAGCAUCGUCCAGAAACAUGUACUCCAGUCGAAAACCGAAUUUAUUUCAGGAAAGCUAAAGAUGGAGACUGGAAGAAUUACUUCACGGAUGAAAUGAUAGAGAAAAUAGAUAAGUUGAUCGAUGAGAAACUAAGUGGCACUGGUUUAGAUUUAAAAUGAUAGCGUACCAUAUAAUGUAUUUAGUGAAUAAGUUACAGUCUUUAGUCUUAUCUCUAGUUUUAAAUAAUUUAGUUGUUUGUUAUGGUUGAUUGUAUGUAACUGUGAGUUUUUUUAAUAUAA